CCGCAAACCUCCACUGAUAUAUUCACUCCCCUCCCCCAGUGAGCAGCCACUGCAGUCGUAGAGCGCUCACCACCACCACAUUAAGGACGAGUGAGACAAAACGACCAUCUCUCUCCAUCCACAGACCCCGGCCCGCCAUUGAGCUCCAAACGUCAUCAUCGAAAUUCAUCGCUUGAGUUUGAGUGACUUACGUUUGGACAGAUUAGAAAGACAGACCUACAACCUUUACCUGUUUCUAUUUCUUCAACGUGCGUGAAAAUGCAGCCUGACGGGAACAUGCCAUCAGACAAGACAGUGGGCAGAGGAGACGACAGUUUCAACACGUUCUUCAGCGAGACGGGCGCAGGGAAGCACGUGCCCAGAGCAGUCUUUGUGGAUUUGGAGCCCAACGUGAUUG